AUGGUUUUCAUUUUGAGGUUGAGUAAGACCAACAAGCAGCAAAUCAGCUUCCUCUCACUUGCUCUCCUGUUGUUGUUCAUCCUUCAUGCUUUCAACAUCCAAACUCAAGCUCAGGACACAUGUUGUUCGAGUUGUGAUGAUAGGUGGUAUUCUUGUAAGCUCACUGUUGAUUUGUGCGCAGAAUAUUACAUAGAUGGUUGUCCUAGGUACGAUGACUGCGACAACGAAAGAAACUCGUGUUCCAUAACAUGUGACCCGGAUAAUGCUUCGUACGACUACUGUCCGUGGCCACAGGAUCUAAACCAAUGUUGCUCCCUCUGUAACCAAGCCUUGGAAGGUUGUCCUGGUGAUUACAACGACUGCUCCCAGGCGACAACUAGCUGUUAUGAUGCUUGUAAAAGUCUUGGUGCCACUUGUGCUUGA